CGCCAAUAAAAUCUUCUAGUACCGCUUUGUCAGUACGAAAAUAUUCACGGAGUCAAGCACAUCGAAUGUAUUUUCUCAAUUCAACGAUGAAAACUUUGGUCAUCGUUCUAACGAUUGCCAUUGGGGGUGGCCUUCUAGUUGAUGGAUUCCCAGGGAAGUUAGGCGCACAACGUUACGAAUUUCAGCAGCGAUCGGUUCCUGCAGAAUUUCCAGAAAGCAACAUUGUUACAACUCCAGAGUACCAGGAGCAUGACGCUGUUACCUCUGUCUACGUAUCAAGCCCCAAAUGGUCUCAGCUACAUCCGAACGAAGUGAAUGCCUUUGCAGAAAUAUAUCGUCAGAGUUACAAUCAACUGGUAGAUCAGUAUAACCGAAUGUUUGGCCUACAAUAUGGCUACGUAAUGCCAGUCCAAUACCAACUAUUUGAGCUUCCCACGGGUAUUUCAUGGCGGGAUUACUUUGGCAGCCAGCAGCAAUAUGUAAGCCAACAAACGGAGGAAAUGUCACGCCGGCUAUUUUACCAAAUUCAAAACGGCACAAUUGCGCAACAAGCUCUAGAGACACCAAGUUUCUUCGUCAAUCAGGUAGCAGAUUUGCUCGAUCAGGUGCACAGCCAUGUUGAAGAAGCUGUGUCUCCACAAGAAUAUCAACCUGAAAUCAUGCACGAAGAGACAGACACACAGCAGCAAUUCAACGAUAGAGAUCAUUCAAUGGUGUUGGCUUUUAAUCCCGCAACUGGAACAUACGAGUAUGUCUAUGUUCAAAAGACACUAAUCGAAGACACCUCCACGACCAGCAAAAGUGUAAGAACCUCAUACAUCCAAAGUCUUCCUCCAGUGCUGUUUGAUAAUCAGGCAGUUCGUCGAGAUAUCGAAAACAGUGACGAGAUAUUUGAAGAUACAACGACUCCAUCGUCUAUACAAACAACCACUGAUAAUUACUACAGAAGCACAUACGAGCAGCAACAGGUAUACGAUCUACAGUUUCUUGAAAAAAUUUCGAGCAGUCCGUCACCCAAACCAAACAAUGUAAUGUCUCUGGUGCGUAAAAAGCAAGAAACGAGCAGUAGUUCAACUACAACAACGACAACGAGUACAACGCCAAAGCCAACGACGGAAAGCAACGUGAUGUCCAUGUUGCCUCACAAGCAACAAAAGGUAGAUUACAUCAGUCUUCAUCAGCAAAUAAGGCAAACAUUGGAUCAACAUAUGAAACAACAAAACCAUACCGCCGAACAUGCGGAAACUCACUAUAUGGGGAUGAACAGCAAUCAAGAUCAUCUAAAACUAACGUACGAUGUCGUUGAUGGUCCAAAGCCAAAUCGAGAAGUUUCACGUGGUGAUCAACAAAGCUCUGAUGAAGACUUCGUGACGGAUGAAAUGGUCGAACAGGCGGCUACCGAUCCUACAUUCACAGUAGUUACACAAAGAGUCACAGAAAAGCCAUCCUCGCCAAAACCGAAACCAACCCAGAUUCCACGCAUCGAGCCGGCGGCCUCCAGAACCGUUCCUCUAUACACUGCUCCACUAGCUCCGUUUCCAGUAAUUAUUCAUACUAGCUACCCAUUGUACGCUGCACCCCUUGCAUCAUUCCCUGAAACAGUUCAUGUUGAACCAGCCCAAGUCCAGACGAUCCAAUUCUCCGAACUGGAAGACAUGAACCAAGAAUAUUUCCACCCCGUACAACAUUCCAUUCCUCCCGAGAGUUACGAUCAACACCAAGAAGUGCAAGUUCUAGAACAAAUUCCGGCAGAGUUUGUCAUGCCAGCGUACGAUCAACAAAUCGCUAUGACGCACGUGCUGGGUUUGCAGCAGCAAAGCUCAAUCGGUCAAGAUUUCAACCCACAAUUCUUGGAAAAGCAGCAGCCUCCGGAGCAAGCGUAUCGCAAUCCAGAACUUGACGCUCCUCAAUCGAUUGUGUCCACCAAGCGGGAGGAGGAGUCAGUGCAGCAGGUUCAAGAAGUAACAACAGCUGAACCCGUUCUUCAAGCACCUAACCAUAAGCCGUGGCUGCAGCGACAAUGGGUCAAGCUGGCCAAACAUUUCUGAGUUAUUCUCAUUAGAAUGUAUAUAUUAGGGUGGUCCAAAUCCGAGCUUUUUUGGGGCUACCCCCUGAAAUCAAAAAUUGACCCAUCGAAAAACGAAGUUGACUUUAUAGCUGUCGGCCACUAUUGCUAGUACCAACCACUAGUGUCUUCCUUUUAACUUCAGGGGCUUCGCCGCCCUGGGCUCCUAAGUGUUUGAGUACGGCACGGAGCGACGGCGCCGGAUACCCAUAUUUACACUUCUGGAGUUUUUUUUGAAAAGGUCCAAUAAAACAAAUUUCCAUCUUUUGCUUUUUGGGUGUUUUUGAAACCGCCUUGAGUCAGGGAUAUUAAAAACACCCAAAAAGCAAAAACUGGAAAUUUGUUUUAUUGGACCUUUUAAAAAAAACUCCAGACUUAGAAAUAUUCGAGCGUCCGCCGUAGGAUUCGAACCAGCAACCUCUGGAUUGUGAGUACAGUGCGCGUUCCGAUUGAGCCACACGGGCGGGACUAACAGCUGUUAACUUUUUUACCUGUGAAAACGCUAUAAUUAUCCGAUUCUUCCCAUUUCUCAGAUGUAGUUCCUUCAUUAAAUGUAGAACAACUUUCCCAAAUACGCCCUAUUUUUAGAGAUUUUUUCCCGCGAAGUUUUUUCUAUUAUUUUUUAUUAUAGCGUUUUUCAGUCGGAGGCUGGUUCAGCUCUUUUUUUCCCAAAAAGUUAUUAGCGCCAAAAACUGACCAUUUUUUGACCAAACGACGACAAAAGUCCAAGCAUCAUUGUUAGGUAGCCUUACAGCUGGCCGCGCAAAAAUGGUCAGUUUUGGGCGCUAAUAACUUCGCGGGAAAAAUACUAAAAAUAUGGUGUCUUCGGGAAAGCUGUUCUAAAUUUAAUGAAGGUUGUACAUCUGAGCCUAGUAAUGGGUCGAUCUUUGAUUUCAAGGGGUAGCCCCAAAAAAAGCCCGGAUUUGGACCACCCUGGUAUGCAUUAUAAUAUAAUUAUAUCAGUGUGACUAUUCUAGCUAAACAUUGUAAUAGGACCGAAGCCGAAGUGUAACCAAAGAGUCUAUCCUGCUCGUUCCUAAUGAAAACAUCAACAGACGUGAGCAGGAUAGAUUCUUUGUUUACACGUAGGCAUCGGCCCUUUUGCAUUGUUUUGCUUGUUUUGGACUAUGUCUUGUGCCAAAAAAAUAGGAAAUAGUCAAAUAAACAUUUGAUGUUAGCAA